AUGGACGGCAUCUUGUACGAUGCUCAGCGUCAAGGCCGUAUUAGUUUCUAUAUGACUCAUUAUGGUGAAGAAGCCAUGAUUGGCAGUGCUGCUGCCUUGUCACCUCAAGAUGUGGUAUUUGGACAAUACCGUGAAGCCUUUAUGUUAGUUUAUCGUGGAUUUACCAUUGACGAGUUUGUCAACCAAUGUUUCUCUAACGAGUUAGAUUAUGGUAAAGGUAGACAGAUGCCUGUGCACUAUGGAUCAAAGCGACUUAAUUUCCAAACCAUUUCUUCUCCCUUGGGUACACAAAUCCCACAAGCUGCUGGUGCUGCUUAUGCAUUAAAAAUGUCGGGUGCUGAUGCUUGUACACUUUGUUUCUUUGGUGAAGGUGCUGCUUCUGAAGGUGAUUUCCAUGCUGGUCUUAACAUGGCUGCUACCUUGAAGAGUCCUGUUGUUUUUUUCUGUCGUAACAAUGGUUUUGCUAUCUCUACACCAUCUUCUGAACAAUACAAAGGAGACGGUAUUGCUAGCCGUGGUAUUGGUUAUGGCAUUGAUACCAUUCGUGUAGAUGGUAAUGAUAUCUGGGCUAUUUACAAUGCCACCAAAGCUGCCCGAGAAAUGGCUAUUAAGGAACAAAAGCCUAUCUUGAUUGAGGCCAUGACAUACCGUAUUGGUCACCAUAGUACUUCAGACGAUUCUACAAAAUACCGUGAUAGAAAAGAAGUAGAAGAAAGAGCUCAAUUUGAUAACCCUAUGACUCGUCUGAGACGUUAUAUGGAACUCAAGGACUGGUGGACUCAAGAAGAAGAAGAAGCUUAUCGUAAACAAGUCAAGAAAGAUAUCUUAACUAGCUUUACAGCAGCCGAAAAGAAAAAGAAGCCUAAUGUAAAGCAACUCUUUACUGAUGUCUAUGACGAAUUAACACCUAACUUGAUUCAACAACAAAAAGAACUGGAAGAACUGAUAAAAAAAUAUCCAGAAUAUUAUAGUUUAGAUGAUUAUGCAUCUCAAUAA